GCGAUGCCCAGUAAGUUCAGCUGCCGGCAGCUCCGGGAGACGGGCCAAUCCUUCGAGAGUUUCCUAGUCGUUCGGGGACUGGACCUGGAGACGGAUCGCGAGCGGCUGCGAACCGUUUACAACCGCGACUUCAAGAUCAGUCUUGCCUCCAGCAAAUCCAUCCUCCAAUCCUGAUGCCAGAGUGAUCUGAAAUGCACACAUGAUCUUGCCACUCCCCUGCUUAAAACCCAUCAACCACAGAGGUUCUGUAACCACAGGGUAGCCUCUGACGUGGGCUCCAAGCACAAGGCCAGGCUAUUUGGUCUCUGGAAAAGGAGUCCUUCCCUUCCUGCACUCUUUGACCUCGGGUGGAUGCUGUCUGAAUAGCCACCUUGCCCACACUCUGGACAGCUCUGCUCUCCCGCCCUCCCUUCUGCAACUCCAGCCACCUCUACUCUCCUUCCGCUUCCCCUGCACCUCAGUUCUUUCCUCUGAGUUGUUUGCAUUUUUUUUCUGUGCCAAAUAAUUUGAGCAAAAAAAAAAAAAAAAAAAAAAACUUUUCUUGCUUUCUCUUUCCUCAGUCUUCCCCAUCAGUGGCCUGAGGGGGUGGGCUUUCUCAGAUGUGUGCAGUCUACACCCUGCUCUUCCCACCCGUUCUAAUUUUGCCUUUCAAAGGCCCAUCGCCCUCUGAUUUCUCCCUCGCCCCCUAACUUUGUCUUUGGGCCCAGCGUGUCCAGCGCAGCGACCCUCCCUUCCCUCCCUGCUCCACUGCCACCCAGCAUCCCCUGGCCCUGACUUCCCUCACUUCCUAGUCUCCUCUGCUUCUGGCAGCUUUGGGACCCCCGCCCCUGGCUUCUCCUCCAUGCUGUAUGGAAUGAAGAUUGCAAAUCUGGCCUACGUCACCAAGACUCGGGUCAGGUUCUUCAAACUCGACCGCUGGGUCGAUGUGCGGGUCCCAGAAAAGAGGAGAAUGAAGCCGGGGUCAGAUAUCAGCAAAUACCACAAGUCACUGCUAGCCAAGAUCUUCUAUGACAGGGCUGAGUAUCUUCACGGGAAGCAUGGGGUAGACGUGGAAGUCCAGGGACCCCAUGAAGCCCGAGAUGGGCAGCUCCUCAUCCGCCUGGAUUUGAACCGCAAGGAGGUGCUGACUCUUAGGCUUCGGAAUGGAGGCAGCAAACCUGUCACCCUCACUCACCUUUUCCCGCUCUGCCGGACACCCCAGUUUGUCUUCUACAUGGGAGACCAGGAGCUGCCCUGCCCCCUGGGCCCUGGUGAAUGCUAUGAACUCCACAUCCACUGUAAGACCAACUUUGUGGGCUACUUCCCAGCCACGGUGCUCUGGGAGCUGCUGGGGCCCGGCGAGUCGGGUUCGGAAGGAGCUGGCACUUUCUACAUAGCCCGCUUCUUGGCUGCUGUGGCCCACAGCCCCCUGGCUGCACAACUCAAGCCCUCGGCUCCCUUCCAGCGGACUCGGAUUACUGGGAAUCCUGUGCUGACCAACCGGAUAGAGGAAGGAGAGAGACCUGACCGGGCUAAGGGCUACGAGCUGGAGAUGAGUUUGGCCCUGGGGACAUACUACCCACCACCUCGCCUCAGGCAGCUGCUCCCCAUCCUUCUUCAGGGAACCAGCGUCUUCACUGCCCCAAAGGAGGUCGCUGAAAUCAAGGCACAGCUGGAGUCAGCCUUGAAGUGGAGGAACUAUGAGGUGAAGCUGCGGCUGCUGCUGCACCUGGAGGAGCUGCAGAUGGAGCAUGACAUCCGCCACUACGACCUGGACUCGGUGCCCAUGACCUGGGAUCCUGUGGAUAAGAAUCCCAGGCUGCUCACGCUGGAGGUUCCCGGCGUGGCCGAGAGCCGUCCUUCAGUGCUACGGGGUGACCACCUGUUCGCUCUCUUGUCCUCCGAGACCCAGCAGCAGGACCCCAUCACCUACAAGGGCUUUGUACACAAGGUGGAGAUGGACCGGGUCAAGCUGAGCUUUCCUGUGAGCCUGCUGAGCCGCUUUGUGGAUGGGCUGACCUUCAAGGUGAACUUCACUUUCAACCGCCAGCCCCUACGGGUCCAGCACAGGGCCCUGGAGCUGACAGGGCGCUGGCUGCUGUGGCCCAUGCUCUUCCCUGUGGCCUCCCGGGGCGUCCCACUGUUGCCCCCAGAUGUGAAGCUCAAGCUGUAUGACCGGAGUCUGGAGUCCAACCCCGAGCAGCUACAGGCCAUGAAGCACAUUGUGAGGGGUAUUGCCCGGCCAGCCCCCUACAUCAUCUUUGGACCGCCAGGCACUGGCAAGACUGUGACCUUAGUGGAGGCCAUAAAGCAGGUGGUGAAGCACCUGCCGGAAGCCCACAUCCUGGCCUGUGCUCCGUCCAACUCAGGAGCUGACCUCCUGUGUCAGCGGCUCCGGGCCCACCUGCCCAGCUCCGUCUACCGCCUCCUGGCCCCAAGCAGAGACAUCUGCAUGGUGCCCGAGGACAUCAAGCCCUGCUGUAACUGGGAUGCCAAGAAGGGAGAGUAUGUGUUUCCUGCCAAGAAGAAGCUACAGGAAUACCGGGUUUUAAUUACUACGCUCAUCACGGCCAGCAGGCUGGUCUCGGCCCAGUUUCCCAUCGGUCACUUCACACACAUCUUCAUCGAUGAAGCUGGCCACUGCAUGGAGCCUGAAAGUCUGGUGGCCAUAGCAGGGCUGAUGGAAGUCAAGGAAACAGGCAAUCCAGGAGGGCAGCUGGUGCUGGCAGGAGACCCCCGUCAGCUGGGGCCCGUGCUGCGGUCCCCACUGGCCCAGAAGCAUGGGCUGGGGUACUCCCUGCUAGAACGCCUACUCACCUACAACACCCUGUACAAGAAGGGCCCUGAGGGCUAUGACCCCCAGUUCAUAACCAAACUGCUGCGCAACUACAGGUCCCACCCCACCAUCCUGGACAUCCCUAACCGGCUGUAUUAUGAUGGGGAGCUGCAGGCCUGCGCAGACGUGGUGGACCGAGAGCGCUUUUGCCGCUGGGAGGGUCUCCCUCGGCAGGGCUUUCCUAUCAUCUUUCAUGGCGUCAUGGGCAAGGAUGAGCGUGAGGGCAACAGCCCAUCCUUCUUCAACCCUGAAGAGGCCGCCACAGUGACUUCCUAUCUGAAGCUGCUGCUGGCCCCCUCUUCCAAGAAGGGUAAAGCCCGCCUGAGCCCCCGCAGUGUGGGCGUCAUCUCCCCGUACCGGAAGCAGGUGGAGAAGAUCCGGUACUGCAUCACUAAACUGGACAGGGAGCUUCGGGGACUGGAUGACAUCAAGGACUUAAAGGUGGGCUCCGUGGAAGAAUUCCAAGGUCAGGAACGCAGUGUCAUCCUCAUCUCCACCGUGCGCAGCAGCCAGAGCUUCGUGCAGCUGGAUCUGGACUUUAAUCUGGGUUUUCUCAAGAACCCCAAGAGAUUCAACGUAGCUGUGACCCGGGCCAAGGCCUUGCUCAUCAUAGUGGGCAACCCCCUGCUCCUGGGCCAUGACCCCGACUGGAAAGCAUUCCUGGAGUUCUGUAAAGAAAACGGGGGGUACACUGGGUGCCCCUUUCCUGCCAAACUGGACCUGCAGCAAGGACAGAACUUACUCCAAGGUCUGAGCAAGCUCAGCCCCUCUACCUCAGGGCCUCAUGUUCACGACUGUCUCCCCCAGGAGCGGGAGAGCGAAGGGGGCCUGUCCCUGCAAGUCGAGCCAGAGUGGAGGAAUGAGCUCUGAGAACACAGCAGCCUGCCUUCUCACACCAGCCAAGCCUUAACCUCCUGCCCGGCCCCAAAUUGAGAACCCUGCCUGAACCAGAACCCAGCCAAGCUGCCCCUCCGAGGGACAGGCAGGCCAGGGGAGUGGGGGUGGCAGUUUACAAGCCAAGCCCUCUCACCCCCUCCCCUGCUGGGAGAAUGACACAUCAAGCUGCUAACCGUUGGGGAGGGGGGGAAAGCAGGGGAGGGAGAAAAACUCUGAUAACAAGAUUUUGUUCUAUGCAAAA